AUGCAUUCUUCAAGACAGCCUGCGCAAAAGGGCCCAGAUGGAUCCCCAAUGGAGCUCGCGCUCCAAGCUUCCGAGUUGCUCCUAUCCAUGACACAAAUACACCAGAACCCACAAUCCGAAUCCGACCAAGAAGACUUGGACCAACAAGGCACCUUGUCGCCCCCACUCAUGCACUUCCCCCACUGCCGCCUCGAAGUGGCCGACUUCCCGCUCGACAACGCGGCGUCGACGACAAGCCAGGGUAAGCUGGAGCAGGUCGCCCUGCCCGGGCCCCUCGUCCGCACCUUCCUCUCUCGCUUCGAGAGCGAGCAGUUGCUUGUAUUUUCCGAGGCAGGCGGACCCCACUCAGCAUCACCACCAUCACCAUCACCAUCACCAUCACCAUCACCGACCACAUCAUCAUCAAACACGUCCUCCACGGCAAAGCCCAGCGAGAGGAGGGUGCAAGUACAGCGGCACUUUGACGACGGCGACGACUGGGUCUUUUCGCGCUGCCUGCUGGCCGACUUCACCGGCUUCCGCGACGACGAGGCCGAGGUGCUCUCGGCACAGGGCAGGCUGUGCUGCUGGGCCAGCGUGGUGCUGCAGCCUCAACAGCGGCCGAGGGAACAGCAGCAGCGACAACAGCAUGAGGGGCUGGGGCAGGUACAAGGGAAGUGGGAGCUGGGGUUCGUCGUCCAUCGGGUCGGAGUGAGGGAUCCCGAGACUGGGUGGUGCGAGUGUUUCUGA